UGGCCAACAAUAACAACAACAUCGACACCAUAAGUGACGACUUGAUGUCAUUGGAAGAGCUGACGAUAGUGGACAUGGACUGUACGGUUGCAGUGCCCCGACUGUCACUGAUGGACACAUUAGUCAAUUACGGCAUCCGAUAUGAACAUCUGGUCCACGACUACAACAUAAGACCCGACAAGAAGCUCAUGAAUCUCAAGGUUUCCAAGAAAUUGUUGUCAUCGUCGCCGACAAAAAAGUCAUCGAAGAAGAAGAAGACGCCGACGAAGAAGACGGCAUUAACGUCGGCGGCGACCGACUAUUUAGACAUUGACGACGACAUUCCUGUGAGUAAAAACAACAAGAGAUCCAAACUGAAGACCAACCGCAAUAGCAAACGACAUAAACCCGAUCCGACACUGUUGUCGUCGCCACCAAAGAACAACAUCGACGACGACGACGACGAUCUCAUCAAUAACAAGACAAACAAGAAAUCAAUGCUUAAGUCAGCGCUGAUGGCAAACAAGUCUUCGUUCAACAACAAAAAGACGGCUAUCAAACCUCUUAAGCAAUUACAACCUUUCAUAAGCUUUGUCAACGGAAACAAAGUCAAUGGAAAUAAUAGUACGAAUAGUGUCAGCAAAAGACCAAAGCUUAAGUCAAAUCAUAAUUACAAGAAACAUAAACCACAGCGAAAGCGAUUCAACGACGACGAAGUCUUUCGUUAUUUAGGCGAAGACUUUUUGGCCAACGAACUACUCUAUAGACACUGCAAUUGUGUCAAUGAGUGCGAAGUAGAUGAGCUGACACUAGCCUUCUAUCAGAUGUGUAGCCGACUCGACGACAAUCAAUCGCUACCCAAACAUCUCGACCAAGCGGUCAACGGUGUCGGCGAUAUACUUAAUACUAGUGACUCUGAGUUAGAUGAGACCUGCGAUGACAUUAACGAUCCGAAUUUAGCCAAUGAGCUGCCUCAGGCCGAAGAAGUAUACAAUCAGGCCAUUAACGACAAUUUCAUCCAAGGUAUAGAACAGUUUCUCAAGUGUACCGACACUAAAGGUGCCGAUUGUUAUCAAAAUCUUAUCGAUACUGAUAUCGACGGUAAUGAUGGUGAUCAGCGACCAAACUUUGUUACACCAGCAGCUGCUGCUGUGCCGUCUACGCCUACACCGUUACCGCAUGACUUACUUGGUGACGAUUUUGCUGAUCUACCUGAUCUGCCACUGGAUGAGUUGGAUCAGUAUCUUAAAGUAGAUCAGAAAGUAGAUUAAGAUUAUCGUAACUAUAGUUAUAUUUAUAUAUUCUGUAUAUUAAUUAUUA